AAACGGGAUCUAUAACUAGGGGCGAGGGGAAGGCGGUGGUCCGCCAUUUCGUGGACGCCAGGGCUUUGAGAGCAUCUGCGGAAGCAGAUCGCGAGUGUGCGGGUGGGCCUCGUCGGAGUGUUGGAAUUUGAGCUGCGGUUCUCGAACCCAGGAUCUCGAAAUGCAUCGUGAUUCCUGUCCAUUAGAUUGUAAGGUGUAUGUAGGUAAUCUUGGAAACAAUGGGAACAAGACUGAAUUAGAACGGGCAUUUGGCUAUUAUGGACCGCUCCGAAGUGUGUGGGUUGCUCGAAACCCUCCUGGCUUUGCUUUCGUUGAAUUUGAGGAUCCCCGAGAUGCUGCUGACGCUGUCCGAGAGCUAGAUGGAAGAACACUAUGUGGCUGCCGAGUAAGAGUGGAGCUGUCGAACGGUGAGAAAAGAAGUCGGAAUCGUGGCCCCCCUCCCUCUUGGGGUCGUCGCCCUCGAGAUGAUUACCGUAGGAGGAGUCCUCCACCUCGGCGAAGGUACUUGAGAGAGCACGUUUUAGAGAGAGGCAUUGGUGUAAUGGAGUAGCUAGUAGGAGCAGGUAUUUCUGCUAAGUUUGUUGGUGGGUUUUAACUUACUGAGAACAUCUGAGGUUUCUAUGAAACGUUUGCUGGGUGUAGUUUGGGGUAUGUGAGUUGUGCUGAGUGUUGGCUUUUGUCUGUAGGUGUAUUAUUCAUGUUGGUAGUUAGUAACUUCUGUCUUGGAUCUGUCUUCUAGUUCAUCUUCUAGUUGCAUCUUUCCAAGUCUUCCCUUUUACUUCAGUUUAGGCCUUUUUCCAUUUCUUGACUCCAUAAUGAUCAACAUUACAUUCAACUAGCUCUUCACAGAUGUGAUUUCUACUAGCACAACUGUAGUAUUUAUCAAAACAGGCAGCUGUUUUUAGUGUUACAACCGGUAAAGUAGAAGUCUUUCUGAAACAAACUUAAGUCACUAACCAAUAAAGGGGGCGAAAAAGUAUUCCCAGUCAUCCGUUCUUGAUUCCCCAAUAGGAGAGAAUUCAGUUUUU